AUGAGGCCAGAACCGUUGUGGGUAAAUUCUCUGCGGAUCAGUGAUGUGACCUCAUCUUCUGUGUCUCUGACAUGGAGUAAACCUGAGGAGUAUCAGACGUCUUUCAGCUACAGAGUCCAUACCAAUCUCACCUCAUCAUCAGUAAUGAUAAACGAUACAAUAGUGAGAAGUGAAUCAGCGACAAUAAUGAAUCUGACGGCAGGAGAAACAUAUACAUUCAUGGUGUAUACGAGAGCUGCCGAUGACAUCACUGAAUCAGACCCGGUGUCACGAUCUACCUGCACAGUUCCUGGACAAGUUUCCAACCUCUCACUGACCAAUUACAAGUCGGUUGAUUUUCUUGGAGCCACAUGGACAAAACCAGCAGGAAAAGUGGAUAAUUAUACCGUCAGUCUAACAGGAGCCGUGAAUAAGACAACAGCAACUAGUACUACACAAGUGAAUUUCACAGGAUUACUGCCCGGAAGAGAAUAUACAGUCACUGUACAGACAGUCAGUGGGAGCUGCAGCCAGAUGUCUGCUCCAGUGACAGAGGCCACAUAUCCAACUGAACCUGGAAAGUUAUCCUUUAUCAGCAUCGGAAAUAAGAAUCUGACCUUAUCUUGGACAGAGCCUCUAUGGGAUGUUCCCAUCAACUAA